AUGGAGCUCCAAGCCCCGCCACGAACGAAACGACGUCUCGAUCUGGCGAUCAAGAAACAGAUCAUCGAUGCAGCGAUGACGAAAAAGAUUUCCCAAGUUGCAAUGGAAUUCGAUCUUCCACAAUCAACCGUUUCAACGAUUCUCAAAAAUCGUGUCCGCAUCUCGGAAAUUAUUGAUUGUGGAGUGAACACGAAACGAUCGAGAGUCAGCUAUUGUAAACACCCUGAACUCGAGGACGCACUUAGGAAAUGGGUGAAAGAGCGACAAAUGGUGGACGCCCCGCUCAAUGGACCGAUGCUGAGGGAGCAAGCUCUCAAAAUGGCGGAAACGCUUCGAAUUGAUGAUUUUCAGGCGAGCAACGGCUGGCUGAUGAACUUCAAGUCACGACACAGUUUGGCUUUCGUCGGUGAUGAGAAAAAGAGUGGUGAUUCCGCAAAUGAAUAUCUCGAUCAUCGAUUACCGACAAUGAUCACAAAACCUUCGAUUUCCCGCCAAGAAGCCUAUGAAUCUUUCACGAAAUUCCGCGAGUACAUUCAAGAGAAUUCAGCUGAUCCAAAGAUAUUCCAAGCUUGCUUCGAUAUCGAGGAUUUUUUUAUCAACGAGCUAGUGAAAGAAAUUCCUUUAAAAAGUGUAUCCGAUAGUGUU